AACCAAAACCCAAUGAUGAGAGUGAUGCCCGAGUCCAGCAAAUUGUUAGCGUAUUGCUGCCAUAAGAAGUCAAAAAGACACGUGGUCGACGUCCCCAUCAAACUUUCCUCACUCGCGGCUACACAAAACAAGGUGUCAACGUCACACGUUCCCGCGUCCGAGCGCGAGUUGCAACAAUUCUCUACUCUCGAGAUUUUCCCGGGGAUUUGGAUUAAGUUUUUAAUUUUAUUCGAAAUCAUGCGUACAGAAACACACCAUCAGAUCUGGAUCGGACGUGCCGGAACUGAUUGGAAUCCUAUGCCUAAGAUCUUCGGAGGGGGGAAUGGACGGCUAAGAUUCGUCUUCUAGCGGCGGGGAUCGAGGCCCGCAGGCCUUUAAAUACGACAGCGAACUAGCCCAACAAUCUGAGUCUCAGGCCUCAACUGUCCAUUUCUCUCUGCGUUUUUUCUCAUUCCUCUCCCUCUCUCUCUCUCUCUCUCUCUCUCUCUCUCUCUCUGUUGCAAGGACGUUAUCGAGGGUUUUCGGGGUUGGUUCGCAUUGCGAGCGACGGGCUCUGCUCGAGAUCCAGGUUUUCAAUGGGAUUUCUGCCAACGUCUUCUUAGGGUUUUUGCCUUUUGCCUGUUUCCUUUUUCAUUUCUUGGCGCAAUUUCGUUUACUCCUGCUCGAUCUAGGGUUUCGUUUCGAGGGGUUUAUCAUGUUCUUGGAUUAGAUUCUGCCGUUUCUUUAUUUCGAUUUUUCUCUCCUUCUCGCUCUUUUUAUGUUUUUAUUCCCCAAAGGCGGAGUAUCUCUUUUGAGGAGUGAGGUUGAUGUUUGCGACGGCAGGGAGGUUGAUGGGAUGAGGAAGCAAUUUCGAUUUUAGGAAAUAUGUGGUUACGAGGUCGAAGCUUUUGAGUUUGCGUGGAUUUCAAUUGCUUGGACUGGACCACUGGAUUUUUGAGGCUUCGGUUGUAUAGUCAUUGUUUAUUGUUUAAGCGACUUCUGGAAACUUGCAUGAACCUGUUCUCUGUAAUCCUGUUGAUGUUGGAAUUUCUCCGGGGAGGCAAUAGUGAAUUUGUUUCACGAGCUUGAGAUUCCUACAAAUGGCAACCCUUGCGUUUUCCCACACUGGUCGACAACAGAUAAACUCCGUUGUCCGGAUAAAGUAUCAGUCUUUUUAGAUUAUUUUUCAAUGUAAAAAAGCCAAACUUAAAAAUUAAUCCAUUGGUUGCUAAAACAAAUAACUGGGACAUACUUCUUGAAACCAGAACCUUUACAUUGGGCUGAAACUUCGAUUUUGAAAGUCUGGAUUCCAAGAUUACAGUUUGGGAACAAAAUUUAUGGUUGCUGUUGACAUGUGCAGUUGCUGGGAAUUGAUUCUAUGGCACCGACUGUUCCAAUAGAGUUUGCUGGGCAGAAGGAAUCGAGAAAGUAUUCACUUUCACAGAAAAUGGGUAAAUCGAGGAAAUACUCCAAAGGUCUUUCUUUUGGUUUUGUUCCAGAUUACAGACAUGCUGUGGAGACUGUCGGCGAAUCAGAAGGGUUUGGGAGCUCUGGACGGAUGGAUACUGGAAUCUCUACUCUAGAUGAUUCACGGGCCUUUAAGAGGAAACGUGUUAGUGUGAAUGCAGAUGGUUACGAUUGUUUUGGUGCUCCUCUUCAAGUUUUUUCCCUAUCAACAUUGUCUCGAUCUGAAAGGAAGGAUUUAGGGAUUAGGUUGAAAUUGGAACUUGAGCAGGUCCGAGUUCUGCAAAAGAAAGCUUCCAACUUUAGUUCAAAUUUUGCUGUUUCAUCAUCUAGUAAUAUCCAGAGUUCUAACGUUCAGUACAAGGGAGCUCCUCCAGAGACUUUUAACAGGUCAUCAAAGGUAUCAGUUCCUCCUGCUAAAAAGCCAGUUCUCCCUGGGCGCAAUGGCCCUUCCACUAAAAGAAGCUCAGCUGGGCGGUUUGAGUCAGUUAAACCGGCUGUUGUACCUGGUUCCUCGACCAAAUUGUCAUUGAAACCAUGUGAACAGCUGGUGGAACGUUUGAUGGGACAUCCAUUUGGUUGGGUUUUUAACACCCCAGUGGAUGUGGUUAAGUUGAAUAUUCCAGAUUAUUUUACUGUUAUAAAGCAUCCAAUGGAUCUGAGCACCGUGAAGUGUAAGAUCGCUGCAGGAGAAUAUGCACAUCCAUUGGAUUUUGCUGCAGAUGUUCGACUUACUUUUUCAAAUGCGCUGACUUACAACCCUCCUGGGAAUGACGUCCAUACCAUGGCUAAGACACUGAGUAAAUAUUUUGAAGUUAGAUGGAAAAAUAUUGAGAAGAAGCUCCCUGUAACGAUUGAAGAGCAAUCUCAAGUGCCUUCAGCCCAGGUUGUUCACAAGGAAGCUGAAAGUACUCUGCCAGUGCCACCUUCAAAAAAGGCAAAAAUCCCUACAAAUGGCCCUGAUAUCCAGCCAAACAGUGUGGUGAAAUUCAUGACCGACCAGGAGAAGCAUAAAUUGAGUGUGGAGUUGGAGGCUUUGCUGGGAGAAUUGCCUGAAAGCAUCAUUGACUUCCUAAAGGAGCAUAGUUCUAAUUCUCAAGCUGGUGAGGACGAGAUUGAAAUUGACAUUGAUGCUCUUAGUGAUGAUACCUUGUUUGCAUUGAGGAAGCUAUUGGACGACUAUAUGAUGGAAAAGCAGAGGAAACACACAAAGGCUGAACCCUGUGUAGUGGAGCUUCACAACGAAUCAGGAUUCAGCAAUUCAUCAAUGCCACCCUGUAAAGGAAAUGAUCCCAUUGAUGAGGAUGUUGACAUUGUUGGUGGAAAUGAUCCCCCUGUUUCAAGCUAUCCUCCAAUAGAGAUAGAGAAAGAUGCAGUCCGUAGAGAUAGUAAAUGCAGCAAUUCCAGUAGCUCGAGUAGUGAAUCAGGUUCUUCAUCCAGUGAUUCUGGCUCAGAUAGUUUAUCGGGAAGUGAAUCUAAUGCUGCUAAAGCUUUAGAUUGUAAUGUGGCUCCAAAGGAAAUUUUGUGUUCUGAAACAAACGUGGAUCAGAAGCAAUGUGACCUUGGUGAUUUAGAAGUUGGAAAUUAUGAAGAAAACGGGAUGGGUCUAGUUGAGGAAACUGCCCAGGCCAAUACGAACUCCAUUGAGAGGGAUAGCUACCAAGAGGAGGGGGAGAGUGCUCCAUCUAAGAGGCAAGUCUCCCCCGACAGGCUUUACCGUGCAGCUUUUUUGAGGAACCGUUUUGCGGACACGAUAUUGAAAGCUCGAGAAAAGGCACUUGAAAAGGGUGACAAGCGGGAUCCUGAAAAAUUGCGAAUGGAGAGGGAGGAACUUGAAAGACAGCAAAGAGAAGAAAAAGCCCGAUUGCAAGCAGAGGCCAAAGCUGCAGAGGAUGCUCGCAGGAAGGCUGAAGCUGAAGCUGCCGCUGAAGCCAAGAAGAAAAGGGAGUUGGAGAGAGAAGCUGCACGUCAGGCCUUGCUUAAGAUGGAGAAGACUGUUGAUAUUAACGAGAACAGUCAGAUCAUGGAGGAUCUGGAAAUGCUCAGGGCUUCCAAUGACGAGCAUUUGCCGAACUUCAUAGAGGAGUCGAGCCCGGAACACUCUCAGAAUGGAUUCGGCAGUUUCAAGCUUCAAGGCAGUAACCCCUUGGAACAACUUGGCUUGUACAUGAAGGCAGACGAAGAAGAUGAAGAGGAUGAAACCGAACGUGAACCACCCCAAAGUGUUAAUAAGCCACUGUCAAAUGAUGUCGAAGAAGGGGAAAUCGAUUAAAGUGGGGAGUUUGUUCGUUCAUUCUCUUUAUAGAUUGUCUGAACACUGAGUCCACACGACCGCAGGCAACCGUGUGAUAUCUUUAAAGAUCCUGUCUUGGCCUGUGUGCUCCAUGAUUUUUCCUUGACUGCAAGGCAGGAAAAUGAAGAGCGCAGUUGGGAUUAUUAAUCGGAUGUGUGUUUGGUGUUGCUGCAUUGAUUUGAUUUUUUGGGUUAGGACGAGGGUUGGAGGAAGUGCCAUGUAUGAACAGGAGGGGAUCUCAAUGGAAAAAAGAAAAAAAAAAACAAAAAAAGAAAAACAUACUGUGGCUAGAAUAUUCAGUUUUGCCUGUAAAAAAAAUUCAUUUAUAUAAUGCCAAAGUGCCCCUAACUCGUACAUAUAUCAUCAAUCAGAUGGAUCGUUCUUGUUAA